UGAAAGGCCGGCGGGCUUCCUUUUCCGGUCUGGGCGCCAUCGGAGCGGCUGUGUCGAGAUGGGCAAGUUUAUGAAGCCGGGGAAGGUGGUGCUGGUGCUCGCCGGCCGCUACUCGGGCCGCAAGGCCGUCAUCGUCAAGAACAUCGAUGAUGGCACCUCCGACCGGCCCUACAGCCACGCACUGGUGGCGGGCAUCGAUCGCUACCCGCGGAAGGUGACGGCGGCGAUGGGCAAGAAGAAGAUAGCGAAGAGGUCCAAGAUCAAGUCGUUCGUGAAGGUUUACAACUACAACCACCUGAUGCCCACCCGGUAUUCCGUUGACAUUCCCCUGGACAAAACCGUUGUCAAUAAGGACGUGUUCAGGGACCCUGCUCUGAAACGCAAAGCGAGGCGUGAAGCCAAGGUGAAGUUUGAGGAGAGGUACAAGACGGGCAAGAACAAGUGGUUCUUCCAGAAGCUACGAUUCUAAUCUUGUAAUAAGGCGGUGUCAAUAAAUGUUUAUUAAAAACCA